AUGGAGGCAUCUCCAAGCGACUCCGUGAUGAAGAUGGACGGUGCCCAGACCCAGGAAGUGAACGAGAACUGGGAUCUGGAGGAGACCACCCAGGCGGAGAAGAAGAAAGCCUGGGGUGUUAUAAACGUGAUUGUCGCCGGUACUGCUCUCUUCAGUGAUGGAUACAAUGCUCAAAUCAUCGGAUACAUGGAGCCGCUCUUUAAGGUCCUGUACAAGAAUGGCAUGUCGUCUACGAUGAAGUCGCGCCUCUCCAACUCGUACCUGAUUGGCGAGAUCUUCGGCAUGAUCUUCUUUGGUGUCCUGAUUGACCGCAUCGGCCGUCGGACCGGUGUGCUGGCUACAACCGCCUUUUUAAUCUUCGGUGUGAUUCUGGCCACUGCAUCGCAUGGGCGUACCGAACUUGGAAUGUUUUGGAUGAUGGUUGUUGCUCGAGGUGUCGCUGGCUUUGGUGCAGGAGGUGAAUAUCCGGUCUGUGCCACCAGCGCCACGGAGGCCGCCGAUGAGACCGCAAAACUCCGCAAGAAUCGUGGUAUGCUGGUCGCAAUGACCACUGACUUUGCUGUGGAUCUGGGAUUCGUCUUUGCUGGUGUGAUUGCCUUGAUCGUCCUAGAAUGCUAUAAUGAGGCAAAUUCAGAGGGUGUCUGGAGGGUUUGCUUUGCGCUUGGCUUUGUGCUGCCCCUUGUAAUCUGCUUCUUCCGCCUUCGCAUGAUCAAAUCGACACAAUACAAAAAGCACGCGAUGAAAUCCCGCUACCCCUACUGGCUCGUACUCCGUCGUUAUUGGAGACCCAUGGUUGGAACCUCCUUGGCCUGGUUCUGCUACGACUUUGUGACCUACCCAUUCGGCCUUUUCUCCUCGACCAUCAUUGCGCAGCUUGAAACCAGCAACAGCACCGUGCAGAACAUUGGAUAUGGUACGGUCAUCAAUUCUUUCUAUCUGCCCGGCUGUAUCGUGGGCGGCUUCCUGAUGGACCGCAUUGGCCGUAAGCAGACCAUGACUCUCGGUUUCAUGCUCUGGGCCAUCUGGGGCUUCGUUCUCGGAGGUGCCCUGAGCUCUAUCCAAAGUGUCUUUCCCUUGUUUGUGGUCAUGUAUGGCAUCUUCAACGCCCUUGGAGAGAUGGGUCCUGGCGUCGCCACUUUCCUCUGUGCUGCCGAAUCGUUCCCGACCCCCCUGCGUGGCCAUUUCUUGGGGUUCGCAGCCGCAGUGGGCAAAGCGGGAGCCUCCAUCGGUAUUCAGGUCUUCCAGCCUAUUCAAGACUCAUUCUCGUCUACGGAAAAGGGGCAGCAAGGUGUUUUCCUGAUCGGAUCGGCUUUCUGUGUCGUGGGUGGCCUGAUUGCCUGGUAUUUCAUCCCCGACAUGUCGCGUGAGCUGGAGACGGAGGAUGUGCGGUUCAGAGCCUAUCUGGAGGAAAACGGGUACGACAUCAGUUCCUACGGGGACGCUUUGGUGGUGAACCCAAAAAACUAG